AUGGACUGUAAUUUCCAAAAUUCAACGUACACAACUGUACACUCCUUCGAACUGGAGUACUUCGACGAACUCCUCUUUAUCAACGAUGCUGGGACAGUUAGUCCGAUGUUUAUAGAGUUUGCUUCAGGUUUCCACGUCAACGACGUUUGGAGCUUCAAAGUAGAGGUUAGCCACGUCGAAGAAGAUGAACACUGGAUCACCUUGGGGAUCCUUCCAUUGAAAUCGGAGCAUUCUGAAAUCAGCUUCGAGCUCGAAUGCUGUGUGGUGGGUGAGGAAGCUGUUGAAAACGACAUUGGACAUAAUGAAGAUUUAAGUCGUGAAAAUUAUCCUACAGCAUCCUCCACUUCUCAUGUUGAAAUAAUUGAUCAACCAUCACCAAUAUAUGAAUCGAUAAAUCGACAAGAUAAUAACCUGCAGCCAAUAGUCGUCGAGUCAAAUGAUCACCAAAAUCCAGAUUCAAUAGAUGUUGAAGUACUUGGAUCUCAAUUACAAGCUGCCAAUACAUCAGUUACUAACGAUCAUAGUAUUGAUGUUCCGAUUAUAUUUAAUGAAAAUUUUGAAACGUUACUAUUGAAACUUCAAGUAAACAUCAUGACUACACAAAAUAAUGAAGAGAAAAAAAAAAAAAUGAUCGAAAUGGAUAAAAUGUUGGCAUCUCUUGAUAUGAAUAUGAAUGACUCCUGUUUACCACCGGCAACAUCGAAUUCUGUACUACAAUCAAAUAUUGGAUGCUUGACAAUAUUUUCAAGCCAUUCACGUGGACGUGGAAGAGGCAGAAGAAACCGAGUCAUUGGGCUUUCUGCAAGUCAAAGGUCAACAAAAUACAAUUCAUUUCAAAACCUGAAAAACACCACUAAAGUAAUUGAAAUUCUAUCAUUGAUAAUAAAAGAUAAAAGUGUAAUAAACCGAAUUGUCUUAGGCUAUAAAAAAAUCAAUCACAACGAUUUGAUUCAUCUGCAGCCUGGCAAUAUUUGUGAUGCUUUGGCAAGCGAGAUAAUCACUGACGAUAUUAUCGAAAAAUUUUUUGAACCGGAUGCUUAUGCAAAUUACAAAAAUAUAAUAAAAAUGAAAUGCAACAGUGAUGAUUGGCAGUCCAAAAUUUGUGGAAGUAACUUAAACACUGACUACAGCGUAGAGUGUGAUCGAUGCCUUUUUUGGAGUCAUUGGAGAUGCGUUGGCCUAACUGAGGAACCUUUAAACGAGUGAUUUUGUCCACAUUGUAACAAGUAAUUUAAGUUAUAGCAAAAAACAAAUAAUUCUAUUUAAUGUAAAAUACGCUUUACUUUAUUUAACUAAAAAUGUAACAUAAUAAUAAUUAAUGUAAU